CGCCUCCGCGCGCGGGGGCCCGGCCACUUGGAGCAGCUCUGCCGCGGGGACUGCACUGUCCGCCUGCCAGACCCGCCCCGACUGGGGCUCGCCGUCACCAGCAGUCACAGCACUGCGACUUCGGGCCCUACGUCGGCUAUGGCUGCGUCCUGGGACUAAGUCCGCAGGUUGUGUGACUGAGUUUCCCAAAGAGAGAGAGACUGUUAAAAGAAGAGAAGAAGGAGGGGCGGGCUCCUGGCAAGGCGUUCGCUCCUGAACAGAGUCCUGCAAAGAUGGAGAAGGAGGAGGAGACAACUCGGGAGCUGCUGCUGCCUAACUGGCAGGGCAGCGGCUCCCACGGACUGACCAUUGCCCAGAGGGAUGAUGGAGUCUUUGUUCAGGAAGUGAUGCAGAACUCCCCUGCGGCCCGCACUGGAGUGGUCAAAGAGGGGGACCAGAUUGUGGGUGCCACCAUCUACUUUGACAACCUGCAGUCUGGUGAGGUGACCCAGCUGCUGAACACCAUGGGGCAUCACACUGUUGGCUUGAAGUUGCACCGUAAGGGGGACCGUUCCCCUGAGCCUGGACAGACCUGGACUCAUGAAGUCUUCAGCUCCCGUAGCUCCGAGGUGGUGCUGAGCGGGGAUGAUGAAGACUACCAGCGCAUCUACACCACAAAGAUCAAGCCACGACUGAAGUCGGAGGAUGGUGUGGAAGGGGACCUUGGGGAGACCCAGAGCCGUACCAUCACGGUGACCAGAAGGGUCACAGCCUACACUGUGGAUGUGACCGGUCGGGAAGGAGUGAAGGACAUCGACAUCAGCAGCCCUGAGUUCAUGAUCAAGAUACCAAAGCAUGAAGUGACUGAAAUCGCCAACACAGAUGUAGAGAUGCAGUCUGGGAAGACGGUGAUUAGACUACCCUCAGGAUCGGGGGCAGUUUCUCCAACCCCUGGCUCUGCCAUGGAUAUCCGGGCAGGGGCCGUUUCUGCUUCAGGACCAGAGCUCGAAGGUGCUGGCCAAUCAAAAUUCCAGGUCACCGUACCUGGGAUAAAGGUGGGAAGCCCCGGCGUCAAUGUCAGUGCAAAAGGCUUGGACUUGGGUGGCAAAGGAGGGAUCCAAGUUCCAGGGGUGGACAUUUCGUCUUCUCUUGGGACUGGCUCAGUAGAGGUACAGGGUCCUUCCCUCCAGAGUGGUGAUAUUGGGAAAAUUAAAAUUCCAACCAUGAAGAUGCCAAAAUUUGGUGUCUCAGCAGGCCCGGAGGGUCAGAUACCAGAGGCAGGGCUGAGUGUUUCCGCACCUGAGUUCUCUGUGGGGCAUAAAGGUGACAAGCCAGGUUUGGCCAUUGGUGGGAGCAUUCAGGCCCCUCACUUGGAAGUCAGUGCCCCUUCUGUCAAUAUUGAGGGCCUUGGGGGGAAGCUGAAGGGUCCCCAAAUCACUGGGCCAUCACUCGAAAGUGACUUAGGUCUGAAAGGUACCAAGCUGCAGGGGAACAUAGGAAUGGAUGCCUCUGCUUCCAAAAUUGAGGGCAGCAUCACUGGUCCCAGUGUGGAAGUUGGAACCCCUGAUGUCGACAUUCAUGGGCUAGGAGGCAAACUGAAUUUGCCCAAGAUGAAAGUCCCUAAAUUCUCUGCAUCAGGUUCCAAGGGAGAGGGAGUUGGCGUUGAUGUGACAGUGCCCACAGGUGAAGUGACCCUUCCUGGGGUCUCUGGGGAUGUUAGUCAGCCUGAGAUUGCCAUUGGUGGGCUAGAAGGGAAGAUAAAGGGUGCUAAAGUCAAGACACCUGAAAUGAUCGUCCAGAAACCUAAAAUCUCCAUGCAGGAUGUGGAUCUGAGCCUUGGGUCUGGUAAACUGAAAGGCGAUAUGAAGGUGUCUGCUCCUGAGGUCAAAGGUGAUGUUAAAGGCCCUCAUGUGGCAGUUAAAGGCCCCAAAGUGGACAUAGAGACACCAAACUUAGAGGGGACCUUGACAGGUCCCAAGCUCAGCAGCCCUUCUGGAAAAAUAGGGGCCUGUAGGAUAUCUAUGGCAGAUGUAGACCUAAAUGUAGCUGCGCCUAAAGGGAAAGGUGGUGUAGAUGUUGUGCUACCCAAAGUAGAAGGGAAAAUCAAAGUCCCUGAACUUGAUGUCCAAGGCCCCAAAAUGGAUAUUAGUGCCCCAGAUGUGGAAGUGCAUGGCCCAGAAUGGAACUUGAAAACGCCCAAGAUGAAGAUGCCCAAGUUCAGUGUCCCAGGGGUCAAAGGAGAAGGCCCAGAUGUAGAUGUGGCUCUACCGAAAGGAGACAUCAGUAUUUCAGGGCCUAAGGUCAACAUAGAAGCCCCAAGUGCCAACAUGGAGAGUCUGGGGGGCAAACUUAAAGGUCCUGAUAUUGAUCUUCCUGAAGUGAGUGUCAAGACUCCAAAGGUUUCCAUACCUGAUGUAGAUCUGCACAUCAAAGGCGCAAAGGUGAAGGGAGAGUGUGAUGUCACAACACCAAAGCUUGAGGGUGACCUGAAAGGCCUCCAAGUGGAUGCUGAUGCCCCAGAAGUGAAUGUUCAUGGCCCAGACCUGAAGAUACCCAAGAUGAAGAUGCCCAAAUUCAGUGUGCCAGGGUUCAAAGCAGAGGGCCCAGAAGUGGAUGUGAAUCUGCCCAAGGCAGAUAUGGACAUUUCUGGGCCUAAGGUGGAGGUCAGUGCUCCAGAUGUGAGCAUUGAGGGACCAGAAGGGAAACUGAAAGGACCUAAGUUUAAAAUGCCUGAAAUGAAUAUCAGAGCUCCAAAGAUCUCCAUGCCAGAUGUGGACUUACACUUAAAAGGCCCCAGUGUAAAGGGAGAAUAUGAUGUUACCGUGCCAAGGCCUGAAGGUGAGAUUAAAGUUCCUGAUGUUGAACUUAAAAGUGCCAAACUGGACAUUGAUGCCCCGAAUGUGGAUGUUCAAGGUCCCGAAUGGCACAUGAAGAUGCCAAAGAUAAAAAUGCCCAAGUUUGGUAUGCCAGGCUUCAAGGCAGAGAGUCCAGAUGUGGAGGUGAAUCUCCCUAAGGCCAACAUUGAUGUCUCAGGACCCAAGGUAGAUGUCAAAGCACCAGAUGUGAACAUUGAAGGACCUGAAGGAAAACUGAAGGGUCCUAAGCUGAAGACGCCUGAGAUGAAUAUAAAGGCCCCAAAGAUCUCCAUGCCUGAUGUAGAUUUGCAUAUGAAAGGCCCCAAGGUAAAAGGAGAGUAUGAUGUCACAAUGCCAAAGAUUGAAGGAGAUUUGAAAGGCCCCAAAGUAGAUGUCAGUGCUCCAGAUGUUGACAUUCAGAGUCCUGAUUGGAACUUGAAAAUGCCAAAGAUUAAAAUGCCCAAAUUUAGCAUGCCUAGUCUCAAAGGAGAAGGCCCAGAAUUGGAUGUAAACAUGCCCAAGGCUGAUAUGGACAUUUCUGUACCAAAACUAGAUAUUAGUGCUCCAGAUUUGAACCUUGAAGGACCUGAAGGAAAGUUGAAAGGCCCCAAGUUUAAGAUGCCUGAGAUGCAUUUCAAGGCUCCAAAGGUGUCUCUACCAGAUGUGGACCUGGAUCUCAAAGGACCCAAAAUGAAAGGAAAUCUAGACAUGUCUGCACCAAAAAUAGAGGGAGAGAUGAAAGUACCAGAUGUGGACAUCAAAGGUCCGAAGAUAGAUAUUAAAUCACCAGAUGGGGAAGGUCAGGGCCCAGACUGGAGCCUGAAAAUGCCAAAGAUGAAAAUGCCUAAGUUCAGUAUGCCUACUCUCAAAGGUGAGGGUCCAGAAGUGGAUGUGAACCUGCCUAAGGCUGACAUUGAUGUCUCAGCACCCAAGGUUGACAUUGAAGGCCCUGAUGUGAGCAUUGAAGGACCAGAAGGAAAGUUGAAAGGUCCUAAGUUCAAGAUGCCUGAGAUGAACAUCAAGGCCCCUAAGAUCUCCAUGCCUGAUGUGGACUUAAACUUGAAAGGCCCCAAAGUCAAGGGGGAUGUGGAUGUGACACUGCCCAAGCUAGAAGGUGAAAUGAAAGUGCCAGAUGUGGACAUCAAAGGACCUAAAGUGGACAUCAGUGCCCCAGAUGUGGAUGUUCAUGGGCCAGAUUGGCACCUGAAGAUGCCCAAGAUGAAAAUGCCCAAGUUCAGCAUGCCUGGCUUCAAAGCAGAAGGCCCAGAAGUGGAUGUGAACCUGCCAAAGGCUGACAUUGAUGUCUCAGGACCCAAGGUGGACAUUGAAGGCCCUGAUGUGAGCAUUGAAGGGCCAGAAGGAAAGCUGAAAGGUCCUAAGUUCAAGAUGCCUGACAUGCACUUCAAGGCUCCUAAGGUCUCCAUGCCUGAUGUGGACUUGAAUAUUAAGGGGCCUAAAGGAAAAGCAGAUGUGGCAUUGCCUGAUGUAGAGGGUGAAAUAAAAGUUCCAGAUGUGGAUGUUAAAGGGCCCAAAGUUGGCAUUGAUGCUCCAGACAUUGAAGUUCAUGGCCCAGACUGGCACCUUAAGAUGCCUAAAAUGAAAAUGCCCAAGUUCAGCAUGCCUGGCUUCAAAGGAGAAGGCCCUGAAGUGGAUGUGAACCUGCCAAAGGCUGACAUUGAUGUCUCAGGACCCAAGGUAGACAUUAAUGUUCCAGAUGUAAAUAUUGAAGGUCCAGAAGGGAAGUUGAAGGGUCCCAAGUUCAAGAUGCCUGACAUGCACUUCAAGACUCCUAAGAUCUCCAUGCCUGAUGUGGACUUAAACUUGAAAGGCCCCAAAGUCAAGGGGGAUGUGGAUGUGACAGUGUCCAAGCUAGAAGGUGAAAUGAAAGUGCCAGAUGUGGACAUCAAAGGACCUAAAGUGGACAUCAGUGCCCCAGAUGUGGAUGUUCAUGGGCCAGACUGGCACCUGAAGAUGCCCAAAAUAAAAAUGCCCAAGUUCAGCAUGCCUGGCUUCAAGGGAGAAGGUCCUGAAGUAGAUGUGAACCUGCCAAAGGCUGACAUUGAUGUCUCAGGACCCAAGGUGGACAUUGAUGUUCCAGAUGUGAAUAUAGAAGGUCCUGAUGCAAAAUUGAAGGGUCCUAAGUUCAAGAUGCCAGAGAUGAACAUCAAGGCUCCCAAGAUCUCCAUGCCUGAUUUGCAUCUCAAGGGUCCCAAACUGAAGGGAGAUGUGGAUGUUUCCCUGCCCAAAGUAGAAGGUGACCUCAAGGGCCCUGAAGUUGACAUCAAAGGCCCCAAAAUGGACAUUAAUGCCCCAGAUGUUGAUGUUCAUGGUCCAGACUGGCACCUGAAGAUGCCCAAGGUGAAAAUGCCCAAGUUCAGCAUGCCUGGUUUUAAAGGCGAGGGCCCUGAAGUGGAUGUGAGCCUGCCAAAGACUGACAUUGAUGUCUCAGGGCCAAAGGUGGACAUUGAUGUUCCAGAUGUGAAUAUAGAAGGUCCUGAUGCAAAACUGAAGGGUCCUAAGUUCAAGAUGCCAGAGAUGAACAUCAAGACCCCUAAGAUCUCCAUGCCUGAUGUGGACUUACAUUUGAAAGGCCCCAAAGUCAAAGGGGAUCUCGAUGUGACAGUGCCCAAGCUAGAAGGAGAAUUAAAAGGUCCCAGCAUGGAUGUGGAAGUACCUGAUGUUGACCUGGAAUGUCCUGAUGCAAAGUUGAAGGGUCCCAAGUUUAAGAUGCCUGACAUGCACUUCAAGACCCCUAAGAUCUCCAUGCCUGAUGUGGACUUAAACUUGAAAGGCCCCAAAGUCAAGGGGGAUGUGGAUGUGACAGUGCCCAAGCUAGAAGGUGAAAUGAAAGUGCCAGAUGUGGACAUCAAAGGACCUAAAGUGGACAUCAGUGCUCCAGAUGUGGAUGUUCAUGGGCCAGAUUGGCACCUGAAGAUGCCCAAGAUGAAAAUGCCCAAGUUCAGCAUGCCUGGCUUCAAAGCAGAAGGCCCAGAAGUGGAUGUGAACCUGCCCAAGGCUGACAUUGAUGUCUCAGGACCCAAGGUGGAUGUUGAAGUUCCUGAUGUGAGCAUUGAAGGACCAGAAGGAAAGCUGAAAGGUCCCAAGUUUAAGAUGCCUGACAUGCACUUCAAGGCUCCUAAGAUCUCUAUGCCUGAUGUGGACCUGCACUUGAAAGGCCCUAAGGUCAAAGGGGAUAUGGAUGUGACUGUUCCAAAACUGGAAGGAGAUUUGAAAGGCCCCAAUGUGAAUGUAGAGGUACCUGAUGUUGACCUGGAAUGUCCUGAGGCAAAGUUGAAAGGCCCCAAGUUUAAGAUGCCUGACAUGCACUUCAAGACCCCUAAGAUCUCCAUGCCUGAUGUGGACUUACAUUUGAAAGGCCCCAAAGUCAAAGGGGAUCUCGAUGUGACAGUGCCCAAGCUAGAAGGAGAAUUGGAAGGUCCCAGCGUGGAUGUGGAAGUACCUGAUGUUGACCUGGAAUGUCCUGAUGCAAAGUUGAAGGGCCCCAAGUUUAAGAUGCCUGACAUGCACUUCAAGACCCCUAAGAUCUCCAUGCCUGAUGUGGACUUAAACUUGAAAGGCCCCAAAGUCAAGGGGGAUGUGGAUGUGACACUGCCCAAGCUAGAAGGUGAAAUGAAAGUGCCAGAUGUGGAUGUUGAAGUUCCUGAUGUGAGCAUUGAAGGACCAGAAGGAAAGCUGAAAGGUCCCAAGUUCAAGAUGCCUGACAUGCACUUCAAGGCUCCUAAGAUCUCCAUGCCUGAUGUUGAUUUCAACUUAAAGGGUUCUAAAAUCAAAGGAGAUAUUGAUGUUUCAGUCCCAAAACUUGAGGGAGACUUAAAGGGUCCAGAACUGGAUGUCAAGGGCCCCAAAUUGGAUGUCGACAUGCCAGAAGUAGCUGUGGAAGGCCCGGAAGGUAAAUGGAAAAGUCCUAAAUUCAAGAUGCCAGACAUGCACUUUAAAGCUCCCAAAAUCUCCAUGCCAGACAUUGAUCUUCACUUAAAGAGUCCAAAGAUAAAGGGUGAGGUUGAUGUAGAUGUUCCCAAAUUGGAAGGAGACCUCAAAGGGCCAAGUGUGGACCUAAGUGGACCAGACAUUGAGAUUGAAGGACCAGAAGGCAAACUGAAAGGUCCUAAGUUCAAGAUGCCAGAGAUGAACAUCAAAGCCCCCAAGAUCUCCAUGCCUGAUUUGCAUCUCAAGGGUCCCAAACUAAAGGGAGAUGUGGAUGUUUCCCUGCCCAAAGUAGAAGGUGACCUCAAAGGAACAGAAAUUGAAAUCAAAGGCCCCAAAAUGGACAUUAAUGCUCCAGAUGUUGAUGUUCAUGGUCCAGACUGGCACCUGAAGAUGCCCAAGGUGAAAAUGCCCAAGUUCAGCAUGCCUGGCUUCAAAGCAGAAGGCCCAGAAGUGGAUGUGAACCUGCCAAAGGCUGACAUUGAUGUCUCAGGACCCAAGGUGGACAAUGAAGGCCCUGAUGUGAGCAUUGAAGGACCAGAAGGAAAGUUGAAAGGUCCUAAGUUCAAGAUGCCUGAGAUGAACAUCAAAGCCCCGAAGAUCUCCAUGCCAGACAUUGAUCUUAACCUGAAAGGCCCCAAAGUGAAGGGUGAUGUGGACGUGUCCCUGCCCAAAGUGGAAGGUGAGAUUAAAGUUCCUGAAGUUGACAUCAAAGGCCCCAAAGUGGACAUUGAUGCUCCAGAUGUGGAUGUUCAUGGUCCAGACUGGCACCUGAAGAUGCCCAAAGUGAAAAUGCCCAAGUUCAGCAUGCCUGGCUUCAAGGGAGAGGGUCCUGAAGUGGAUGUGAACCUGCCAAAGGCUGACAUUGAUGUCUCAGGACCCAAGAUGGAUAUUGAUGUUCCAGAUGUGAAUAUAGAAGGUCCUGAUGCAAAACUGAAGGGUCCUAAGUUCAAGAUGCCAGAGAUGAACAUCAAGGCUCCCAAGAUCUCCAUGCCUGAUUUGCAUCUCAAGGGUCCCAAACUGAAGGGAGAUGUGGAUGUUUCCCUGCCCAAAGUAGAAGGUGACCUCAAGGGCCCUGAAGUUGACAUCAAAGGCCCCAAAAUGGACAUUAAUGCUCCAGAUGUUGAUGUUCAUGGUCCAGACUGGCACCUGAAGAUGCCCAAGGUGAAAAUGCCCAAGUUCAGCAUGCCUGGCUUCAAGGGAGAGGGUCCUGAAGUGGAUGUGAACCUGCCAAAGGCUGACAUUGAUGUCUCAGGACCCAAGGUGGACAUUGAUGUUCCAGAUGUGAAUAUAGAAGGUCCUGAUGCAAAACUGAAGGGUCCUAAGUUCAAGAUGCCAGAGAUGAACAUCAAAGCUCCUAAGAUCUCAAUGCCAGAUUUGGACCUUAACAUUAAAGGCCCCAAAGUGAAAGGAGAUGUAGAUGUUUCACUUCCAAGUGUUGAAGGUGAUUUGAAAGGGCCUUCUCUUGACAUAAAGGGCCCAAAAUUAGAUCUAAAUGCUCCAGAUGUUGACAUUCAUGGUCCCGAGGGCAAAUUAAAAGGCCCCAAACUGAAAAUGCCUGACAUGCAUGUCAACAUGCCCAAGAUCUCUAUGCCUGAAAUUGACUUGAAUUUAAAGGGCUCAAAGCUUAAGGGAGAUGUUGAUGUCUCUGGACCCAAACUGGAGGGUGAAAUUAAAACUCCCAAGUUAGAUGUGAAGGGCCCAGAAGUGGACAUUUCUGCUCCCAAGGUUAAUAUUGAAGGGAAAUCAAAGAAAUCUCGUUUUAAGCUCCCUAAAUUUAAUUUUUCUGGAUCCAAAGUUCAGACACCUGACAUGGAUGUCAAAGUUAAAAAGCCAGAUGUUGAUGUAACAGCUCCAAAAGUUGACAUUAAUGCUCCAGAAGUGGAAGUACAAGGCAAAGUGAAAGGAUCCAAGUUUAAAAUGCCUUUCCUGAGUAUUUCAUCUCCCAAAGUUUCUAUGCCUGAUGUGGAGCUAAAUUUGAAAGGUCCUAAGGUCAAGGGAGACUUAGAUGUAGCAGGCCCAAAUUUAGAAGGAGACUUUAAAAGCCCUAAAGUGGACAUUAAAGCACCAGAGGUUCAUAUUAAUGCACCUGAUGUGGACGUUCAUGGUCCAGAAUGGAAUCUGAAGAUGCCCAAGAUGAAAAUGCCCAAGUUUAGUGUAUCUGGCAUAAAAGCAGAAGGACCUGAUGUGGCUAUGGAUUUACCAAAAGGAGACAUCAAUGUAGAAGUUCCCAGUAUGAAUAUUGAGGGCCCAGAACUCAAUAUAGAGGGUCCAGAGGGAAGCUUAAAAGGCCCCAAAUUUAAGAUGCCUGAGAUGAACAUCAAAGCCCCCAAGAUCUCUAUGCCUGACAUUGACUUAAACCUGAAAGGUCCCAAGGUAAAAGGUGAUGUAGAUGUAUCUCUUCCCAAACUUGAAGGAGAUCUUAAAGGGCCAAAAGUUGACAUCAAAGGCCCCAAAGUGGACAUUGAUGCUCCAGAUGUGGAUGCUCAUGGUCCAGAUUGGCACCUUAAGAUGCCCAAAGUGAAAAUGCCCAAGUUCAGUAUGCCUGGCUUCAAGGGAGAGGGCCCUGAAGUGGAUGUUAAUUUGCCCAAAGCUGACAUUGAUGUCUCAGGACCCAAGGUGGACAUUGAUGUUCCAGAUGUGAAUAUAGAAGGUCCUGAUGCAAAACUGAAGGGUCCUAAGUUCAAGAUGCCAGAGAUGAACAUCAAGGCUCCCAAGAUCUCUAUGCCUGACAUUGAUCUGAAUCUUAAAGGCCCAAAAUUGAAAGGUGAUGUGGAUGUGUCCUUGCCCAAAGUAGAAGGUGACCUCAAGGGUCCAGAGGUGGAUAUUACUGGCCCUAAAGUGGACAUUGACAUUCCUGAAGUUAGCAUUGAAGGUCCAGAGGGCAAACUGAAAGGCCCCAAGUUUAAGAUGCCUGAGAUGAACAUCAAAGCCCCCAAGAUCUCCAUGCCAGACAUUGAUCUUAACCUGAAAGGCCCCAAAGUGAAGGGUGAUGUGGACGUGUCCCUGCCCAAAGUGGAAGGUGAGAUUAAAGUUCCUGAAGUUGACAUCAAAGGCCCCAAAGUGGACAUCGAUGCCCCAGAUGUGGAUGUUCAUGGUCCAGACUGGCACCUGAAGAUGCCCAAAAUAAAAAUGCCCAAGUUCAGCAUGCCUGGCUUCAAGGGAGAAGGUCCUGAAGUAGAUGUGAACCUGCCAAAGACUGACAUUGAUGUCUCAGGACCCAAGGUGGACAUUGAUGUUCCAGAUGUGAAUAUAGAAGGUCCUGAUGCAAAACUGAAGGGUCCUAAGUUCAAGAUGCCAGAGAUGAACAUCAAGGCUCCCAAGAUCUCCAUGCCUGAUUUGCAUCUCAAGGGUCCCAAACUGAAGGGAGAUGUGGAUGUUUCCCUGCCCAAAGUAGAAGGUGACCUCAAGGGCCCUGAAGUUGACAUCAAAGGCCCCAAAAUGGACAUUAAUGCUCCAGAUGUUGAUGUUCAUGGUCCAGACUGGCACCUGAAGAUGCCCAAGGUGAAAAUGCCCAAGUUCAGCAUGCCUGGCUUCAAAGCAGAAGGCCCAGAAGUGGAUGUGAACCUGCCAAAGGCUGACAUUGAUGUCUCAGGACCCAAGGUGGACAUUGAAGGCCCUGAUGUGAGCAUUGAAGGACCAGAAGGAAAGUUGAAAGGUCCUAAGUUCAAGAUGCCUGAGAUGAACGAUGUGAACCUGCCAAAGGCUGACAUUGAUGUCUCAGGACCCAAGGUGGACAUUGAUGUUCCAGAUGUGAAUAUAGAAGGUCCUGAUGCAAAACUGAAGGGUCCUAAGUUCAAGAUGCCAGAGAUGAACAUCAAGGCUCCCAAGAUCUCCAUGCCUGAUUUGCAUCUCAAGGGUCCCAAACUGAAGGGAGAUGUGGAUGUUUCCCUGCCCAAAGUAGAAGGUGACCUCAAGGGCCCUGAAGUUGACAUCAAAGGCCCCAAAAUGGACAUUAAUGCUCCAGAUGUUGAUGUUCAUGGUCCAGACUGGCACCUGAAGAUGCCCAAGGUGAAAAUGCCCAAGUUCAGCAUGCCUGGCUUCAAGGGAGAAGGUCCUGAAGUAGAUGUGAGCCUUCCUAAAGCUGACAUUGAUGUCUCAGGAGCCAAGGUAGACAUCGAUACUCCUGACAUUGACAUUCAUGGUCCAGAAGGGAAGCUGAAGGGCCCCAAGUUCAAAAUGCCUGAUCUCCACCUCAAGGCACCCAAGAUCUCAAUGCCAGAAGUUGACUUGAACCUGAAAGGGCCAAAGGUAAAGAGUGAUGUAGAUGUUUCUCUGCCCAAAGUGGAAGGAGAGAUUAAAGUUCCUGAAGUUGACAUCAAAGGCCCUAAAAUGGACAUCAAUGUUCCAGAUGUGGACGUUCAUGGUCCAGACUGGCACCUGAAGAUGCCCAAGGUGAAAAUGCCCAAGUUCAGCAUGCCUGGCUUCAAGGGAGAAGGCCCUGAAGUGGAUGUGAACCUGCCAAAGGCUGACAUGGAUGUCUCAGGACCCAAGGUGGACAUUGAUGUUCCAGAUGUGAAUAUAGAAGGUCCUGAUGCAAAACUGAAGGGUCCUAAGUUCAAGAUGCCAGAGAUGAACAUUAAAGCUCCCAAGAUCUCCAUGCCUGACAUUGAUUUGCACUUGAAAGGGCCUAAACUGAAGGGAGAUGUGGAUGCUUCCUUGCCUAAAAUGGAAGGUGAACUAAAAGGUCCUGCUAUUGAUAUAAAGGGUCCCAGUGUGGAUAUUGAUACUCCUGACAUCAAUAUUGAUGGCCCAGAAGGGAAAUUAAAGGGACCCAAAUUUAAAAUACCAGAUAUGCACAUCAAAGCUCCCAAGAUUUCCAUGCCUGACUUUGACUUAAACCUUAAGGGACCCAAGGUAAAAGGAGAUGUGGACCUUGCACUACCUAAGAUGGAAGGUGAUCUCAAAGGGCCGGAGAUAGACAUUGAGGGUCCUGAAGGAAAGCUCAAAGGUCCCAAAUUUAAGAUGCCAGAUGUCCAUUUUAAGACCCCUCAAAUUUCAAUGAGUGACAUUGAUUUGAACAUGAAAGGACCUAAAAUAAGGGGAGAUUUGGACAUAGAAGGGGAUUUGAAAGGUCCCAAACUGGAUGUCAAAGGCCCUAAACUGGACAUCGACACUCCUGACAUUGACAUUCACGGUCCAGAAGGGAAGCUGAAGGGCCCCAAGUUUAAAAUGCCUGAUCUCCACCUCAAGGCACCCAAAAUCUCAAUGCCAGAAGUUGACUUGAACCUGAAAGGGCCGAAGGUGAAGGGUGAUGUAGAUGUUUCUCUGCCCAAAGUGGAAGGAGACCUCAAAGGCCCUGAAGUUGACAUCAAAGGUCCCAAAGUGGACAUCAGUGCUCCAGAUGUGGACGUUCAUGGUCCAGACUGGCACCUGAAGAUGCCCAAGGUGAAAAUGCCCAAGUUCAGCAUGCCUGGCUUCAAGGGAGAGGGCCCUGACGUGGAUGUGAACCUGCCAAAGGCUGACAUUGAUGUCUCAGGACCUAAGGUGGACAUUGAUGUUCCAGAUGUAAAUAUUGAAGGUCCUGAUGCAAAAUUGAAGGGUCCUAAAUUCAAGAUGCCGGAGAUUAGCAUCAAGGCUCCAAAGAUAUCUAUGCCUGAUGUGGAUCUGGAGUUAAAAGGACCUAAAGUAAAAGGAGACUUUGAUGUGUCUGUUCCCAAGAUUGAAGGUAGUCUCAAAGGACCUGAAGUAGACCUGAAAGGUCCAAGUCUAGAUUUUGAAGGCCCUGAUGCUAAACUCAGUGGCCCUAACUUGAAGAUGCCAUCACUGGAUGUAUCUGCUCCUAAAAUAACUGGACCUGAUGUUAAUGUGCACCUCAAGACACCAAAAAUUGGUGUUUCUGGGCCUAAGUUAGGAGGUGGUGAAGUGGACCUUAAGGGACCCAAAGUUGAUUUAGAAACUCCAAGUUUAGACGUCCGCAUGGAGAGCCCAGAUAUUAAUAUCGAGGGUCCAGAUGUUAAAGUUCCAAAGUUUAAGAAACCCAAGUUUGGAUUUGGUGCAAAAAGCGCUAAAGUUGACAUCAAGACACCCUCAGUUGAUGUGACUGUCCCUGAAGCAGAGCUGAGUGUUGAGACCCCUGACGUAAGCCUUGGUGGAAAGGGCAAGAAAAGCAAGUUUAAAAUGCCUAAAAUUCACAUGAGUGGCCCUAAAGUUAAGGCCAAAAAGCAGGGAUUUGAUUUGAACGUUCCCGGAGGUGAGAUUGAUGCCAGUCUGAAGGGUCCUGAUGUGGAUAUCGGUGUUGCAGGGCCUGAUGCUGCGCUCAAAGUUGAUGUAAAGUCUCCAAAAGCCAAGAAAACCAUGUUUGGGAAAAUGUACUUCCCAGAUGUAGAAUUUGACAUCAAGUCACCUAAAUUUAAAGCAGAGGCUUCCCUACCCAGCCCUAAGUUGGAGGGUGACAUCAAGGUACCAGAUCUGGACAUUUCUUCACCAGGGGUUACUGUGGAAGCUCCUGACAUCCAUGUGAAGGCUCCCAAGUUCAAGGUGCCAGGUGUGGAUGUCUCAGGGCCAAAGUUAGAGGGCAACUUGAAAGGUCCUAAGGUGCAGGCAAACUUGGAGACACCUAACAUCAACAUCGAAGGCUCUGAUGCCAAAAUCAAAGCACCCUCAUUCAGUGUGUCUGCUCCUCAAGUCUCCAUACCUGAUAUGAAUGUCAAGUUGACAGGACCAAAGAUAAAGGGUGAUGCCCCCAGUGUGGGUCUGGAAGGACCUGAUGUCGAUUUGCAAGGUCCAGAAGGAAAAAUCAAGUUCCCCAAGUUUUCACUGCCCAAGAUCAGUGCCCCUGGUCUUGAAGGAAGCUUGAGCACAUCAGAUGUUAAGUUUGAAGGGCCCGAUAUAUCUCUUAAAGGCCCAGGAGUGGACUUGCCUUCGGUGGACCUCUCUAUGCCAAAAAUUUCUGGGCCUGAUGUUGACCUGAACUUGAAAGGACCAAGUCUGAAGGGAGACCUGGAUGCAUCCAGUCCCAGCAUGAAGCUGCACGCCCCAGGUCUUGACCUCAAAGGUGUUGGUGGAAAAGUACAGAUAGGAGGAGAUGGUGUGAAAGUCCCGGGGAUUGAUGUCACAGCAGCCCUUAAUGUGGGGGCCCCUGAUGUGACCCUGAAGGGACCAAGCCUACAGGGAGACCUGACCAUGUCUGGGGACAUCAAGUGCCCUAAACUAUCUGCGGGUGCCCCCGAUCUCAGCUUGGAGGCCUCAGAAGGUAGCGUCAAAUUUCCCCACAUGAAGCUGCCUCAGUUUGGCAUCUCUGCUCCAGGGUCUGACUUGGACGUUAACAUCAAGGGGCCUCAAGUUUGUGGAGAACUGAAGGGGCCAGGGAUGGAUGUGAACCUGAAGGGGCCCCAGAUCUCAGCACCAAACAUGGACUUUAACUUGGAAGGACCAAAAGUGAAGGGGAGCCUUGGGGCCACUGGAGAACUGAAAGGCCCAGCAGUUGGGGGAAGCCUUCCAGGCAUCAGUGUUCAGGGCCUAGAAGGAAAUCUCCAAAUGCCUGGAAUUAAGGCUUCUGGGUGCAAUGUGCAACUUCCAGCGGGGCAGCUUUCUGGUCCUGAAAUUAAAGGAGAUCUGAAAGGUUCAGGAAUAGGUCUCCAUGGGGCUGUCCCUGAUAUCAGUGUCAAGGGGCCUUCCUUUAACAUGGCAUCUCCAGAGUCAGAUUUUGGUGUCAGCUUGAAGGGCCCCAAAGUCAAAGGAGGUGUAGAUGUUUCAGGGGGUGUCAGUGUCCCAGAUAUCAACCUGGGUGAAGGGCAUAUGAGUGUCAAAGACUCUGGGGUUGAGUGGAAGGGACCCCAAGUCUCCUCCUCUCUAAACCUGGAUACAUCUAAACUUGCGGGGAACCUUCAUUUCUCAGGACCAAAGACAGAAGGUGGCCAGACUGGACUCCAGGGUCCAGGGCUGAGUGUGUCUGGGCCUCAAGGUCACUUGGAAAGUGGAUCUGGAAAAGUAACAUUCCCCAAGAUGAAGAUCCCCAAAUUUGCCUUCUCUGGCCGCGAGCUUGUUGGCAGAGAAGUAGGGGUGGAUGUCAACUUCCCUAAAGUAGAAGCCAAUGUGCAGGCUGGUGCAGGAGAAGAUGAAUGGGAAGAGUCAGAAGUAAAACUUAAAAAAUCCAAAAUCAAAAUGCCCAAGUUUAACUUUUCCAAACCUAAAGGGAAAGGUGGUGCCACCGGCUCACCAGAAGCAUCCAUUUCUGGGUCCAAAGGGGACCUGAAGAGCUCAAAGGCCAGCUUAGGCUCUCUGGAAGGAGAAGCAGAUGCCGAAGCAUCGUCACCAAAAGGCAAAUUCUCGCUGUUUAAAAGUAAGAAGCCAAGACACCGCUCCAACUCCUUCAGCGAUGAGAGGGAGUUCUCGGCGCCUUCCACCCCAACCGGGACUUUGGAGUAUGCAGGUGGAGAAGUUAAAAGCAAACAUGGGAAGCUGAAAUUUGGUACCUUCGGUGGGUUGGGGUCAAAGAGCAAAGGUCAUUAUGAGGUGACUGGGAGUGAUGAUGAGGCAGCCAAGUUACAGGGGAGUGGAGUGUCUUUGGCCUCAAAGAAGUCCCGACUGUCUUCCUCUUCUAGCAACGACAGUGGGACGAAGGUUGGCAUCCAGCUUCCUGAGGUAGAACUCUCAAUUUCCACAAAGAAAGAGUAGUGGGCCUUGUAUGUGUGUACAUAUAUAUAAAUACAUCAGCCUUGGGUGUGUUUGUAUAUAAACUCCAAAGAGAAACACCCCAACAGCCUCAGCAAUAAUGCAAAGAUCUUGCCUCCCCCAGUGGCAAGUACUGACAAACAGAGUGCCUCUAGGCUCCUGGGACUCUGCAACUAGGUAAAGAGUUCUAAGUUCAUCUGGCCCGUGUGCAAAGUCAACAGUAUUUGCGUUAAGAUUUUAGUUUUUUUGGUUUCUUCUUCUUCUUCUUCUUCUUUUUUUUUUUUUUUUUGCAUUGAACGCUGAGAGCUCGUGUUUACUAAGCAAGCUUUUGUGUUUAUCCUUAUUUUUACUGAACAUUGUUAGUACCUGGGUAAUGGAAACCCACUUUCUUUUCAUUGUAAUGACUUUGGGGGCUUUUGUGAGUAAGGGAAGGUGGGAUAAAAGGUGGCAGAGGGGUCUAGGUCAUCAUUUCUCUGAAGGUUGGAUGUGUACAAACAGCAACACCCUGGUAUGGCUCAGAGGAGGUGGCAGCCAGGAGGUGGGUGUUUCUCAAUUCUCUGUAGCAUGACUUUUAAUCCCUAGGUGUGUUAGUCCCAGCCUAGUUUGGUGCUCAAGGUGAGAGGGGGAUUUAAAUCUGUCUGCAAAUUGUCAAGCUGCCAGGUCAGUGUGAGGGGCUUCCAUUCUGGGUUUGGUAAGAAAGUGUUCAUUCGUGACUGCCAUGUUCUGAGAAAAGUUCUGAUUCCUUUUAACAAAUGUCAUCAUGAUUAAGGAAAUGUCUGGCACUUUAAUGGAAAAUUAAUUGAGAAUGUAAGAAAGUUGAUGCUGUACAAGGCAAAUAAAACCGUUCAUUAACCCUGA